AUGCAGGAAUGUGAAAACAGCUUCCGCAACAGCAACAACAUACGAGUACCAGGCAAUGGUUUCCUUAUGGUCAUCGUGAAGCAGGCCACCGCAGGCUGCCGGCCGGCCAGGGAGGCCGCGAGUCACCGAAACAGUUCCAACAACACGCUGGCGACCCAAGCCAGCCAGCUGCCCACAUCAGCCCACCAAAACUUCUGCCACUUUUUGUGCGCCAGUAAUGGCCGCACGCUGUGCCAUGCUGCCGCCAGCCGAAUAUACGGCAGGCCGCCAGCCGACCACGGGCGCUGGGGGCGUUCGGUGGAGCCUCAGCGGGUCAUCGAAAAGCUAGUGGUUUCAAGCAUUUCACCCGAGGUCUCAGCCUAA